AUGACAGUGCCCCCGACGGUGCACCGGGCCGGUGACCCGGGCAAACGCCGCGCUCCGGGGACGGGCCAGCAGCGAGGUGCGGAAGCCGGGCCAGAUCUGAUCGCCAUGGCACCCACAUUACUGAUGCUUUUGGGAGCCACCGCGAUCCUGCGAGCAGACGCACUUCCCGAUACUAAUUCCUCCCUUCUCCCGCCCGUGAACUUCACCGUGCAAGUCACGGGUCUGGCGCAAGUUCUCCUCAGCUGGGCCCCGAAUCCCGACCAGGAGCAGAGGAGCGUCCGGCUGGGCUACCACGUGAGGAUCCGCGGACCCGAAGAGGAAGACUACCAGACCAGGAACACGGAGAGCAAGCGCGUGACCACGCUCCACGGGGGCCUGCGGGCCAGCGUGCGGACCAUCCCCUGGGAGCACCCGGCGGCCCCGGCCAGCCGCUGGGUGUCGGCUGAGCUGCCGGCCCCCCCAGGGUCUCCGGGAACCUCGGCCGCGAACCUGACCUGCAGCACGCACACGGCAGGAAGCCCCGGGACGCGCUCCCGGCCCUACCAGGUCUCCCUGCGCUGCAGCUGGCGGGCGGGCGAGGCGGCCCCCGAGGACACGCGCUAUUCCCUCUACUACAGGUACGGCUCGCGGACGGAGGAGUGCCAGGAGUACCGGCAGGACGGCCUGCGCAGGAACGUCGCCUGCUGGUUCCCCAGGACGGCCAUCGACGGCAAAGGGCGGGACUGGCUCGCGGUGCUGGUCAACGGCUCCAGCGCCCGCGCGGCCAUCCGGCCCCUCGACCGGCUGUUUGCUCUCCACGCCAUCGAUCAAGUGAACCCUCCGGGGAACGUCACGGCGGAGAUGGAAGGGACCCGGCUCUCCAUCGAGUGGGAGAAGCCCGUUUCCGCCUUCCCGGCCCACUGCUUUGACUACGAAGUGAAGAUUCACAGCACGGGGACGGGCUACUUUCAGACAGGGAAAAUGACGACCAAUAAAUUCACCUCCACGAUUAGUGACGUUUCUAAGUAUUGCGUUGAAGUGAGAGCAGCGGUGAGCUCCGUGUGCAGGGAGACGGGGCUCUGGAGCGAGUGGAGCGAACCGAUCUACGUGGGAAACGAGCGGACGCCCUGGACCGAGUGGUACCUGAUCUCGCUCGUGGCAGCCACCUGUUCUGCGUUCUCCCUGCUGCUCGCCUGCAAGACGUGUCACUUAUGGACCAAGCUGUUUCCACCAGUUCCAGCCCCAAAAAGUAACAUCAAGGAUUUUGCCACAACCGCCGACUAUGAGAAGACGGGUUCGGGUGAGACGGAAAGUGAAAUCAUAAGCUACGUGGAAGAGCAGGGGCUCGAGGCCCUGGAGGACUUGGUGUUCUGA